UGGAAAUAAAUUGUAAUCCUCUCUCGUUUCCCUUCUCGCUGUCUCCCUUUUAGGUCUUUGUCAGUUUAACAAUGUCAGCUUAACUAAUUUACAACAAACACUAAGACAGCUACUUAAACAACAAGGUGAACAGCAAUAAAAUGUCACAUCAAACCGCCAGACGCAGCCAGGCGCCCACCAGCCUUGAGUGUCCUUUGGCUUCUUUGGGUCGCAACAGUGCUGCCGUUAUGGAUAGCCUUAAUGGCCUGCAUCAGCCUACGUUUCAUCAUCCUUUGAGUUCGAGUCCUUUGGACCCUCAGGUUUAUCAGAUGUCCAGAAAAUCUCCCGAUUUGAGCAUAGACACCGAUACAGAUCCAAGUUAUCAUAACGCUAUGCCCAGCCAGCAGGAAGACAGCGUAGAUGGUUUGGAGCCCAACAAUGCAAAUGCCAACAAUGCCACGAAUAUGGGUCAAGUACAACCUCCACCACCGAAUCAAUUGUACAAUUUAUCAAGGUCAUCGUCACAAAGCUCUCUGGAUCACCAUCCCCAGCCCAUACAACAUAAGGCGGCCACAUUUGAGCUAAGAAGUCGAGGUCAUGCCAUAAAUGGUACGGCAGCUUCAGUUCUACCUUCCUCGGCCUCGGUGGGUCGAACGGCUCAACAACAACAGCGCUCCAAUCUAUGUCUGCCACCCACAAACGCCAACAGCAACAGCAAUCAACAGCAAAGAAACUUCUUGGCCUUGGAACAUUUGAUACAAUAUGGACGCCAUGAGCGAGGGCCCAGUGCCUAUGUGCUGCACAGCAAUAGCGGCGAUACAGAGGAUUCAAGUGAUGCUGCCCCCGUGGUGGGGGUGGGUGGUAAUGGAAAUAAUCGUUCCAUGGUACGCCAUCAAGGCGGCCGAACCAGUGUGGCCACGGUCAAUGCGAAUGGGACGCAGGCAGGUCGCAAUGCUCAGUACUAUCUGGAGAAGAAAAUGGAGUCGUUGUAUUUAGGAAGUGCCAUAAGAGGAUUACCCUUGGGUUCAGAGGCUAGCAAUUAUCAAAGUGAACGUUAUUAUCUGGAGGACGGGCUGAGGAGUAUGUGCAACUUUAGUGAUGACAAUGAGAGAUUGCAAGAAUCCCACCUUAUACAUCAUCGUGCCUCCAGUCCCAGCGAAACCUCCGGCUCUGAUCGUUAUCUACUCAAUCGCACCAAUUCACCCGCCAAUGCCUUCAGCUCCUCCAAUCGUUUGGAUAAUUUUUCCAGUUCGAACAACAACACCUCAUCAUCAUCGAAUUUGGCUUUGGAUCAACGCUAUCAUCAUACCAAAGUGAAAAGUCUAUCGGAUGGUCUGUGUAAUUUAGGACGAUUUUCACCUAGUCUCGAUCAAGGCUAUGCCACACUGGUAUCACCCUCGCCCACAGGUCAUCAUCCGAAUACGAUAACCACCCAUGGCAUAGUGCAUCAUCCGCCUCCAGCUGCCAUGUCAGCAGCGGCAGCUAUAGUACGUCGCCAUGUGGAGACAGGACCACCGCCAUGGUCCAAAAAGGGUCCUCUGAGAGCAGGUCCUUAUUUCGAUCGUCUGCCAGAUGAGGCCAUUUUGAAAAUAUUCCAAUGGUUCGAUAGUUGUGAGCUGUGCAAUUUGGCUCGCGUAUGCCGUAGAUUUGAGCAAAUCGCUUGGCGUCCCGUCCUUUGGAAGGUCAUCUCUCUCAAGGGUGAACAUUUGAAUGGCGACAAGGCUUUGAAAAUGAUGUUCCGCCAAUUGUGUGGCCAAACAAGAAAUGGCUCUUGCCCAGAAGUUGAAAGGGUAAUGCUGGCCGAAGGUUGUCGCAUUUCAGACAAAGGUCUGCAAUUGCUGACCCGUAGGUGUCCCGAAUUGACGCACUUGCAAUUGCAAAUGUGUGUGAAUGUCUCCAACCAGGCCUUGAUAGAUGUUCUAACGAAAUGUACCAAUGUGCAACAUUUAGAUGUGACAGGUUGUACCCAAAUCACUACCAUAACACCAAAUCCAAAUUUAGAGCCUCCCCGUAGAUUGUUGCUGCAAUAUUUGGAUUUAACAGAUUGCACAUCGCUUGAUGAUGUGGGUUUGAAAAUCGUUGUAAAAAAUUGUCCCCAAUUGAUUUAUUUGUAUUUAAGACGCUGCAUACAAAUCACAGAUGCAGGUCUCAAAUUUGUGCCAAGUUUUUGCAUAGCUCUCAAAGAGCUCAGUGUCUCCGAUUGUGUCAACAUAACCGAUUUCGGCCUAUACGAAUUGGCCAAACUGGGCGCUGUCCUACGCUAUCUGUCGGUGGCGAAAUGCGAUCGGGUCUCCGAUGCUGGCCUUAAGGUGAUAGCACGUCGUUGCUACAAACUGCGCUAUUUAAAUGCCCGUGGCUGUGAGGCAGUAAGUGAUGAUUCCAUUACCGUUUUGGCUCGUUCCUGCCCACGUUUGCGUGCCUUGGACAUAGGCAAAUGUGAUGUAAGCGAUGCCGGCCUACGAGCCUUGGCCGAAAGUUGUCCUAAUUUGAAAAAACUCAGCUUGAGAAAUUGUGAUAUGAUUACCGAUCGUGGUGUGCAGUGCAUUGCCUACUAUUGCCGAGGUUUGCAGCAGUUGAAUAUACAAGACUGCCAGAUAUCCAUUGAGGGCUAUAGGGCGGUAAAGAAGUACUGCAAACGUUGUGUCAUUGAGCAUACAAACCCGGGAUUUUGUUAGUUACAACAGAGCUAAGCAGCAGAAAAAAAACGUCUUGUAUUGAGUUGUGUAUAUAGAACUAAAAAAAAUUUUGAAUAACCUAUGGCCAAACUUUUUUUUGUAGAUUUUCUUAAAAAAUUUUCCCUUUGAAUUCUUGUAAUUUUUUAUUACAUUGUUUUUGUAAUAUAUUUAAAUAAAAUUUUGUAAAAUAAAACAUUUUUAGAAAUUUAAAAAAAAAAAUUUUAAUUAAAUUAAAUUUACCCUGAAG